AUGAAGGUACCCAGGGCCUGGCUCCUGUGUCUGCUGCUGCUGGGCCUUACCCUGCAGGUGGCUGCACAUCGCACCCACCAGCCCUCCAUGGAGACUCACGCCACCAACAUCAACCCUGCCUGGUACAGAGGUCGCGGGAUCAGGCCCGUGGGCCGCUUUGGCCGGAGGAGAGCAGCCCUGGGGGCUGUCCCCAAGCCUGGCCAUCAACCCCAGCUAGCCUGCUUCAACCUGGAAGACAUUGCUAAGUCCUCCCAGGAGGGGUGA